AUGGCUCUUACGCGAUCCAAUCAACCCCUCGUUUGGAUCGACUGCGAGAUGACGGGCCUCGACCCCGAAACGGACCAUAUCCUCCAAAUUAGCUGCUUUCUCACCGACGCUGACCUCAACCUCCUCGAGCCCGAGGGCUUCCAUGUCACGGUACACCAACCGCAGUAUAUUCUCUCGUCCAUGAGCUCCUGGUGUGUAUCAACGCACGGACACUCAGGCCUCACUGCUGCUGUCCUUGAUUCAACUACCACUCCAUCCGAAGCCGCCAGUGCGUUGCUCGCGUAUAUACAAAAGUACAUCCCUGAAAGCCGCACGGCAUUGCUCGCGGGAAAUAGUGUCCACGCAGACCGGGCGUUUCUAGCGCGAAAGCCAUAUAAAACGGUAGUAGAUUGGUUGCAUUAUAGGAUUCUAGAUGUGAGUAGCGUGAAAGAAGCAGCGAGGAGGUGGGCAAAUGAUGAGGUAUUGCGCAAUGCGCCUGAGAAAAAAGGAGCGCAUUUAGCCAAAGAUGAUAUCCUGGAGAGUAUAGAGGAGAUGAAAUUUUACAGAGAUCGGAUUUUCCGCGGAACAGGUUAA